AUGAACGUUCAUGUCGUCCCUGGUGGUCACGCUGGGGCUUCAGAACCGGAGGUGCGAGGUUCAGAUCGCACAAACACUAUUUCGAACACUAAAGGACAAACUCCGAGGCGCAAUCAAGAUAAAUCUGUAGAGACACCACUCUCUCAACCACGGGUAGUUUAUGCUGAACAACGUCUUAAUACGGAAGCAUACGAGAGUUCAGAAGCAUUCGCAAUUGCAGAAGAGCUGCGUCGUAACACGGAGCUACGAACCAGAGUUCGACUUCGUAUUGCCAGUAAAAAACCGGCUGUGAAGAGUUCUACUGGAGAGAGAAGUAAUGAUUCUGAAGAUGUGAAUGAUCACAGUUUGGUUCGUUCUCCGAGAAAAGAAGAAUCUCAAGAAAUGGGUAAUACUCGUGUUACACAUCAUGGAAGAGAUGAUGAAACGAGAAAUGUAAGAAAAGAUGAAGAUAAAUACGAAUACAGACCCUUAUAUAUUGGUGGGGAAGAUUCUAAAGGGGGAACUUCAACAGAAAUGAGUGAUGACGAUGAGGAAGUACCAGUGCCUUACAAAUUGCCCUCAGUAGAGGAGAGACUCCGAUUGAUCAGAGACGAACGGGAUCGUCGAUGGCAUAAGGUACAAGAAAAACUCGCUACUGAUAAUGCAAAGACUGUAGCACCACGACCCAAAACACUGACCCGUGUUAAGUACGGUGGUUUUAAAGCCCUUCCAGGGCGUAGGGAAACCGAUUCUGCUAGCAGUUCAUCAAUUCUUGCUAUUGGGGAGGGUUCUUUAUCAGAACCCCAAAUAUGUGAAGUUCAUUUGGAAGAUGGGGGCUCUACCACACCUUCUGGGGCACCAUCAUCGGUAACUGUGGCUCCAUCCAAGAGAGAAUCAUUAUACCAACAGAAACAACAACAACAGCAACAACAACAACAAAAAAUGGAAAGCAAUCAGAAUGUAAAAAAGGAUGAUCUUUUGCAUACAAAAAGAGAAGUAUCACCCCUUGUGAUCGAAAAGGAUGAUUAA